AUGACCUCCUACAGUAUGUCGUACGGCGAGCUGGAAAAGCUUCCUCUCGAAAUACGCUACAAGAUCUACCUCUACAGUGAAGUCUGGGGUGAGUAUCUUGUGGGGAAGACCAAGCGAUUUGGAGUAGCAAUCAGGGACGACGAGGUUGAGGAUGAUGAAUUGAACAGCAGUAUAACAACCAGUGGUGGUGCAGCUAGUACAGUCUAUCAUAGUUAUUCUCACCGAAUCAGGUGUCCCGGUCUGCUUCAGCUAUCCAAAGCGCUCACUGCCGAAGUCGAAGUUGUUCGAUUCGAACGAAGUACGUUCGUCUACGAAAUUGACGUAUUCACCGAGCAAGGCGCCCCGCCGCAUCUUCAAAUCGCGUUCCCCAAUCUUAUAAUGUCUUGUGUAGAUCAUACUAAGAUUCAACACGUGCAGCUUCGUAUAACACCGCCUGAGAGCAAGUGGGAGAAUGAUUCCCAGCUAACAGAGCUUUUUGAUGUCGAGAUGAGAGGAUUGGACAUGGAAAUUGGCCUCAUAUUAAGCCGAUUGGAACAGCCAAAGACAUUGGCAGUCAGUAUCAGGCCUCGUGUCUACGAUACUACCCAAAGCGCUCUUGACAUGCUUCAGACUUAUACCGCUCUUGAGAAGUCAGGACAAAUGAACAAGUUCCACUCCAUUGAACUCAGCAUGGAAGCGACCUCGUUUAGCCAAAGUAUGGAUGUUUUGGACGAUGAAAUAGCACAUGCCAUCGCUCGAUAUCGAUUCGACUCACUAUGCAAUGAAAUCGGCAAUACAUGUAUCUCAAGCCGAGUAUUCAGAUAUGAUUCCUUUUGGGGUCAGUCAACGAGCACAGCAAGGCUUGUCUUCAAUCCUGGAGCCCGGACCGCGGCCUCCGUCAACCAGAAAGUCGAGCGUUGGCAUCAGCUAGCUUCUGAGAUCAAGAUCUUCUUCAACAGUCCUCGCAUGAAAGAGAUUGGUGGGAUGGCGUCUUGGAGAGCCUUGAAGCGUUGGCAGUACAUAACCUUGGGGAUCGUGCGAUAA